GACUACUCCACUACCGAGGAGUACUGUCUCCUGCUCCGGCAGCACUCUUCCCGUGAUGCUUUUCGCGCUCACGUAACAAAUCUGCGACGGCUCCGGCGGCGGUUUGUUUUGGUGGCUGAAUGGGAAUCUCUCCGCUACAUUUCAAUUUCAGACACUUUAAGUUUAAUUGACAUGAUUCACGAGCUCUUACUGGCGCUGAGCGGAUACCCGGGGACGAUUUUUACAUGGAACAAACGAACCGGUUUACAGGUGUCCCAGGACCUGCCCUUCCUUCACCCCAGUGAGACCAGUGUCCUCAACAGACUCUGUAAACUGGGCUCAGAUUAUAUACGCUUUACAGAGUUUAUAGAACAACACACGGGACAUGUUCAUCCACAAGAGCAUCACAGCAGCCAGCCCAGCCAGACCGGGCUUCAUGGGAUUUACCUGCGGGCUUUCUGCACGGGGCUGGACUCCAUGCUGCAGCCCUACAGGCAGGCCCUGCUGGACCUCGAACAAGAGUUCCUCGGAGAUCCACAUCUGACGAUAUCCCAUGUUAACUACAAGCUUGAUCAGUUCCAGUUGCUGUUUCCAUCUGUGAUGGUGGUGGUCGAGACGAUAAAGUCACAGAAGAUCCACGGCUGCCAGAUCCUGGAGACGGUGUACAAGCACAGCUGUGGGGGGCUACCUCCGGUACGCAUGGCCUUGGAAAAGAUUUUGGCCGUGUGCCACGGUGUGAUGUACAAGCAGCUGGCAGCUUGGAUGCUGCACGGGCUGCUGCUGGACCAAAGCGAGGAGUUUUUUGUGAAGCAGGGUCCCAGUGCUGGAGGAGCUGCUGCCAACCAAGAGGAGGAAGAAGAAGACCUGGGACUCGGAGGCUUGAGCGGGAAGCAGCUCCGAGAAUUACAGGACCUGAGGCUCAUCGAGGAGGAGAACAUGCUGGCUCCAUCUCUGCAGCAGUUCUCCCUGCGCACAGAGAUGCUGCCUUCUUACAUCCCCAUCCGAGUGGCCGAGAAAAUCCUCUUUGUGGGAGAAUCUGUCCAGAUGUUUGAAAACCACAACCACAGCCCAUCCACAGCUGGCUCUAUACUGAAACACCAGGAAGACAUGUUUGCUGCUGAGCUGCAUCGACUCAAACAGCAGACGCUUUUCAGCCUGGUGGAUUUUGAGAAUUUGAUCGAUCGCAUAAGGAGCACAGUGGCAGAGCACCUCUGGACUCUAAUGGUGGAAGAGGCAGAUCUGCUUGAGCAGCUCAAGAUCAUUAAGGACUUCUACCUCCUGGGUCGCGGAGAGCUCUACCAGGUUUUUAUUGACCUGGCGCAGCACAUGCUGAAGACUCCUCCGACGGCUGUCACCGAGCACGAUGUAAACGUAGCCUUCCAGCAGGCAGCUCAUAAGGUGCUGCUGGACGAUGACAACCUCCUGCCUCUGCUGCACCUCACCGUGGACUACCAGGGCAAAGACGGCAAAGAUGCGUCACUCCCCAGAGAAGGAGCCACUCCUCCACAAGACACUUCCCCUCGCGAGGUUCCUCCCACAGGCUGGGCAGCCCUCGGUCUCACCUACAAGGUCCAGUGGCCGCUGCACAUCCUCUUCACUCCUGCUGUGCUGGAGAAGUACAAUGUUGUGUUCAGGUACCUGCUGAGCGUGAGGCGGGUGCAGUCACAGCUGCAGCACUGCUGGGCUCUGCAGAUGCAGAGGAAACACCUGAAGUCCAGCCAGACGGACGCUGUGAAGUGGAGGCUACGCAACCACAUGGCCUUCUUGAUCGACAACUUGCAGUAUUAUUUGCAGGUGGAUGUGCUGGAGUCUCAGUUCUCUCAGCUGCUUCAGCAGAUCAACUCCACCAGAGACUUUGAGAGCAUCCGACUGGCCCACGAUCAUUUCCUCAGUAACCUGCUGGCCCAGUCCUUCAUCCUCCUGAAGCCGGUGUUUCACUGCCUCAACGAGAUCCUCGAGCUGUGCCAUAACUUCUGCUCUCUGGUCAGUCAGACUGUGGUUUCACUGGACGACAGGGGAACCGCUCAGCUCGAUCUGCUAGUCAAGGGCUUCAGACGCCAGUCAUCCCUCCUGUUCAAAAUUCUGUCGAGUGUUAGGAACCAUCAGAUAAACUCUGAUCUGGCUCAGCUGUUGCUGCGACUGGACUACAACAAAUACUACACCCAAGCUGGAGGCACACUGGGCAGUGUUUAAGAAGAGCGCACAGGAAGUUAUUUAACCUGCAGAAGAGACUCCCAUCAGUGUUCUCCACCGAAUCUUUGAACAGCCAAAUUACAAUGAUCACUUUCACUGUA